CCCCAGAUCCCAGUUCCAUUAUCAUCAACAGCAGAUCAAGCAGCACUUGACUACUGAAUUAGAUUAUCAAAAUUAUUUAUUUAACAACAUAUUAACAGUUCAUAGUAUUUUCGUAUUCUUAAAUAGCAAUUUAUCUUAAUUAGUAGAGACCGUAUUCAUCCAACAUGCUAUUAUUAAAAAUCGUGUGUGCAUUUGUCUUUACGAUGAAGAUGACUGGAGCAGCUACCGGUUCUUGGGAGCCAUGGAAUUCCUGGUCGCAGUGUUAUGAAACAUGUGGUCCUAGUUUUCGAGUCCGUUUCCGAGCUUGUGCGCAAGAACCAUGUCCGUCAGAAGACAAACGUGAAAUCGAAAGCUGCCAAGAACGUGAAUCUUGCGAAGGGCCAUGGACUACCGAAUCUCAGCCUUUGGCCAAUGAUCUUCCAGCAUUUAAUGGAGAAAAUGUGGUAGAAGCAGAUUCUGAUGUUGAUUUGGUCUUUCUAUUAGACGAAUCAAUAAGCGUUUCAGCGCAUUACGUCACACUAGGAAAGACUUUCAUUCGUCGAUUUUUGGAUCGAAGUAUGGAAAGUUAUGAUGGCAAUCAUAUACGGUUUGCAUUGUGCAGUUUUUCGUCAGAGUUUAAUGUUGUAUUUGAAUAUGGAGAACUUAAUCAGUCUGAGAUGGAUGAUGCCGUGGAAGGUGUCCGGUAUUAUGGCGGUUCCACUGACGCAGCACAGGCCGUAGAUCAACUAAAGGCAGGCGUUCUAACGAGAGCCAGGCCAGGAGCUAGAAGCAUCCUGGUUCUUCUAUCUGAUGGGUUUUUUGAACAAGAUCCAGUAGCACCUUCAGGCGUGGAAAUCUUCGCGGUUGCCAUUGGAGACAAUGUGAAUGACAUAAUUUUGUCACGUUUUUCUGACGGACCGAUGUUUUACAUACAAUCCAAUUCAGACGUUACUGCAGCAGUUAACGAUUUGCUAUCGGCUAUGUGAUUUGAUACGGUACUCUGUGCAUAACAAACGGAAUAUCUAUUUAAUUUAUCAUUUUUUAACAAUGCGAAUAUAAUCACGAUCUUUGAUUUCAUCAGUUAUUUUGUCGGUGUAUUGUUUACCAUUUAAAUAAAAUUCUAAGGCCAUUGAUAUAUAUUCAGUGUACAUAACAUAAUAUUUGACAACCUAAUCCUAAUUGCAGAUAUUCGAUUAUUAAUAGGCCUAGACGACCUUACGAUGGGAAAAUCUGGUCUAUAACUGGGCUUGUUAUUGUUACUGUACUUUUAACUCUCCUAGACUCGGAAGUAUGUUGAACAUUUUAAACAUCCUGAUUGCUCGGUUGUGACUGCAGUGCGUGUUAUGUGCACACGACUACUGACCACCAGAAAACUGUGCGAGUACUGGCCACAAAAAUACUGCGUGAAUACUGGCCAUCAGAAUACUAUGCGAAUACUGACCACCAGAAAACUGUGCGAGUACUGGCCACAAAAAUACUGCGUGAAUACUGGCCAUCAGAAUACUAUGCGAAUACUGACCACCAGAAUACUGAACACAAGUAGGCCUACUGUAUACUGUGCAAAUACUGACCACCAGAACACUGCGCGAUUCCUAACCUUAAUACUGCACCAAUGCUGACAAAUAGAAUACUGUGCGAAUACUGACCACCACAACAAUGCUCGAAUAUUGACCAUCAGAAUACUGCACUGUGCGAAUAAUGACCACAAGAAUACCAGAAUACUGCGAAAGUUCUUACCACCACUAUGUGCUAGUGAGUGUGCCGAUUUAAAGUGUUUUUGUUUUUUGUUUUUUGUUUUUUUGUUUUGUUUUGGGGUUUUUUUUGGGGGGGGGGGUUGGUUAGUUUGGUUUUGGUUAUUUCUAGGAAAAUGUUUCGUGGGGAUUUAAAAUGUUAAUUUCUAAAUAAUAUAUAAUAGAUUAUUUAAAAGCAUUUCCUACAUCGACUCCUCGACAAUAAUGGAAGGAAAAGAAACAACUUGACUCCAUUGCUACUUAAAAUUGUAACGCAUAAAGAAAGGAUAGUAGUAGUGGCAGUAGAAGCAACAGCAGUAGUUGUAGUAGUAAUUAAGUAUAGUAGUAGUGUUGUUGAUCUUUUUCUGUAAUGGUAACAUUAAAAUAAUUAUACGACUAUAUUAUAAGGCACAGAUAAAUACUAGUGCAAAAAAAAAUUCUGACAUUGGCGAUAAUAAAAAAUAUCAAUAAUCUUUGUUAAUAAUCUUAUUACAUCAUUAAUGAUCUUAUCACAUCGUUAUUUUAACCUAUUAUAAUUAAAUUACAUCAGAUCUUUUCUGCAAUGGUAACAUUGACAUAAUAGUACGCAAAAAAAAUUAUAAUCCUGACAAUGGCGAUAAUAAAAAUAUCAAUAAUCUUUGUUAAUAAGAAUCUUAUUGUGCUAUCACAUCGUUAUUUUAACCAUUAUAAUUAAAUUACAUUAAUGAAAGUAGUUAUGGUAGUAAAAUCUGCUUCAGCAGCAUCAACAUCACUCGUUGGUAUUGAAGUCGUUAAUAAUAACCUGGUAGACAUUCAGUAUCUUGACGAUUAGUACACCCAUAUUCAUUAUACAUAAUUCGGAAUUUAAUCAAUAAGUCAUUUAGAAUUGAUGGCUAACCGAUGACAUGCAUCUUGAAUUUCAUCUUUAAUUCAUUGAUGUCACUGCCUAUCAUUUCAAUAUUUAAAAAUAUUCACCGAUGUUCGGGUCCGUCGAUGAAAGGUGGUUUCGUACUUCCUCUCAAUACUAUAAUGGUUAACCUCAAGCAUGUAUAUACAUAAAUGAGGCCUAUGCCGUUGGUAAAAUCAUGGAGCAUUAAUAUUAAUCCAUGGUAAAAUAUUGUAACCGUUGUCAGAAUUAUGCCAUUUUUAAAGUGGCCCUCUCCUUCAUGAACAGAUGUAAUGCUGGAGCCCUGAAUUGUAAUCUUACCCUUGCUGAAUUAAAAUAUUCUGACUUUCGCGUCCCGUGAUUGGUUGUGAUACUGUACGCAGACAUAUUCAAUUUGUACCGUACAGUACGCGUACGCUGAUGGAUGGUGGUGGUUACAAUCUAAUUGUAGACUGAAUGUGACUAUUACAUCAGCUCUAGAAAAACUCUUAUUAAUGAUAGACCACCUCUGAAGACCACCUCUAUACUGUUGAUAAUUAAAGAUGAUGAUAACUGUAUUAGGCCUAGUAUUAUUAUUAUUAUUAUUAUUAUUAUUAUUAUUAUUAUUAUUAUUAUUUGCGUAUUACGCAAUAUCUUGUUAAAAAAUGUGUCCUAAUGGGAAACCGAAGGAUGUUUACUCCUUGGUCUGUUAGAUUAGUGGGAGUAUCUAAACGGUAUGAGGAAUACGUUAUUCGUAAUAAUGUAAUUACCUUCUCAAAUUCUUAUAUAUUAUUUCAAAGUGUGCGCUGUUUAAAUUCAGUCUUCACAAAUAAAUCGAUAUUUCCAAUCUGUA